CUAAUAGUCUGAGCGUCUUUAGAUUCUUCCUUUCACUUCACUUGUGUUUCUUCUUGUCAGGAACUGGUGCUAGUGUUGUCUGUUGUUUUUUACCUUUAGGAAUCCUACCAGCGAAGUUAAAACUCAAAAUGGCUAACAAAGGUCAAGCGUACGGGAUGUCUGCUGCUGUUCAAAAAAAGAUUGAAGGUAAAAGAAAGCCUGGAGAAGAGAAAGAUGUCAGAGACUUUAUUGUAUUUCAUGUUGGUGAGGAAAUUACAUAUCCAGAUUCACUCAAGGAUGGCGUUAUACUGUGCAAGCUGUUGAAAAAAUUCCAUCCAGGGUUCACCAAAAAAAUUGAUACUGGCAACAUGUCAUUCAAGCACAGAUGUAACAUUGAGAACUUUAUUGAUGGAUGCAAGUCAUUUGGCCUACAGGAAAUGGAGUUAUUCCAGGUCAAUGACCUGUAUGAGUCUAAGAAUAUCGCCGUGGUCACCUCAUGUAUCAUUGCGCUUGCUCGCCAUGCACAGAGAGUGCCCGGUUACGAGGGACCAAACCUUGGACCAAAACAAUCUACUAAGAACGAACGCCAUUUCACUGAGGAACAACUGCAAGCAGGCAAAUAUAUCCAUAGUCUGCAAUAUGGUUCUAACAAGGGAGCUAGUCAGGCGGGCCAAAACUUCGGCAAGCCUAGACAAAUUUUCCAUGACCAAUAAAGUCUUCAGUCACGAUUCGUUGGUGGUUAACUUUGAAGACAAUGUACUACAAAACGACAACUGAAAUUUUUACUUGUGUCAUUUUUGUUACUUCUGAAGCCUACAGAUUACGGAACGCAAAGAUGUUAAGUUUAAAAUGCUUACAGUAUUUCAGAUUUUUAAAAGAACAUUCUGCGUUUUUACUUCGGAAGCUGAAUUAGUUUCAUAUUGUGCUGUAAUUAAGCCGUCGUCCAGACGAACUCCUAUGAAUCAAAAUGCAAACGAUUUCUAAAAUGUGCGAAUCAAUUGUAAUUAAAUAAGUCAUAAGUAAAUGAGCAUAUAUUGUUCGGUAAUAUUAAUAACAAAGUGUUUAUUCUGCCGGCUACAAUUCCUCAUGUGCCUAUCCUUAAAAUUAGAUUUGGAGUGCGCCCUCACUAAUCAUGAAAAUAAUUUGUAAACGAAUAGGCAUGCUGCCGGCUAAAUAAGCGCUACUUAUUAAUAAAUGCCGAAAAAGAAGACGACGUAGCUAUCCUAUAUGGUGGCGGUAAUACAAUAGACCUUUCCGCAGAUGCCCCGCCCCUCAUAUCGUUGCUAAGCUCAAACAAAACGAUAACGUAAACGUACGUAAACACGUGUGUUUGUGAGACAGCACGGGUGUGUGUGUGUGUUGGUGGGACAAGCGCGUAUUCUUGGCUUUGUCCUCAUUGGUCAGCUGUUAAGUUUGACACUCCGAAAAGGUCCAUUAUUCCAAAUGUUCUUAAAAUUAAUUUUAAUUUUUUUUCCCUUUGUUGAAGUUGUCACCGCAUACAGUAGUAUCCAUAUUAUGUAACAUGUUAUAUAGUGUUUAAAAUAAAGAGUAACAAGCAUGUAUUAUAUAUUGCUGACAAAAACAAGCUUUAAGCUCGCUGACUUUUCAAUCCAACGCUUCCAAAGCGUUUGUUAUUCCCUAACAAUUAAUACCAGUGUCGAAAUGUGUAAUUUCUUGGACGGGGGUUUGUUUAAAUAUGUAUAA